AUGACGAAGGGAACGUCCAGCUUCGGAAAGCGCCACAACAAGUCGCACGUUCUGUGCAGACGCUGCGGCCGCCGCUCCAUGCACGYGCAGAAGAACACCUGCUCCAACUGCGGAUACCCCAGCGCGAGCGUCAGAAAGUACAACUGGGGCGAGAAGGCUAAGCGGAGAAAGACCACCGGUACCGGCCGCAUGCGCUCCCUCAAGCUCGUUUCCCGCAAGUUCAGCAACGGCUUCCAGCAGGGCACACCCAAGGGUGCUCGUGGUGCCAAGACCGCCGCCGCAUAA